UUCCCUCACCAUCACUCACCCGCUUUUUCUGUCACCGGCGUCAAAGACCGAGUGCUCCGACAACUCCAAGUGCGGAGGUGCGAACUAUGGGUGCGGUUAUGGAGUCUGAAGCUUCAUUUCUCAAUGCGCGCGGCAGGAAAUCCGUGACUGAGAGAAAACAGUGCUCUUUUCUUCAGGGAAUCAUUUAAAAGUCUCUGGGCUCUCAGUACCAACAAAAAAUCCAUCCGACAUCAAAGGAGCAUCAUUUUCGAUCGCGGAGGUGACGAUUGAAAAGCAUACGACGAUCAAUAAUCACAACCAACCUUGAAAAGUCUCACUAUCAUCACCGCCAUGAAGGUCCUCAUCACUGGAGCUGGCGGCUUCCUGGGUCAGUUCUUAGCACGAGAACUGCUCUCGAACCCAGAGCACAAAGUCGUCCUAACAGACAUCGUUGACGUCCCUGUCCCCAAGGGCGCCAGAAACCCUCACAAUGCCACAUGUAUCAAGGGCGACCUACUCAAAGACCGCAGCGUCGUCACACCGGAUCUGGACGCCGUCUACAUCUUCCACGGUAUCAUGUCAUCAGGAUCAGAAGCCAACUAUGAUCUGGGAAUGAGUGUUAAUUUGGAGAGCACACGGCUUCUCCUAGAGACGAUCCGACAAGUCAGACCAGGAUUAAGAGUCAUUUACGCCUCAAGUCAAGCUGUCUACGGCCGUCCCCUACCAGAUGUGAUUACCGAGUCUGUCCUUCCUACACCGGAAGGAUCCUACGGUGCUGCCAAAUUCAUGUGCGAGACGCUGAUCAACGACAUGAACCGCAAAGGCUUCAUCGAUGCCUUCGUACUCCGGUUCCCAACAAUCAGCGUACGGCCAGGCAAGCCCGCCCCAGCAGCGUCAGCAUUCAUCUCAGGCAUCAUCCGCGAACCACUAGAAGGAAAGGAGUGUAUCGUCCCCGUCAAAGACCGACAUUUCCCGUCAAACGUGUGCAACCCCAAGACCCUUAUCUGGAACCUGGUAUACGCUCUCACCUUGAAGAGUGAUGCCCUGCCCAAGCACAAGCGCGUGCUCAACUCACCGGGCAUUUGUGUGACGAUUCAAGAAAUGAUGGAUGCGCUGGCCAAGGUCGGUGGGGAGGACAAGUUACAAUACAUCAAGGAGGAGCACGACGAAUUCCAAGCCAGAAUUUUGUACUCGUGGGCGUACAACUAUGACAAUUCGCUAGCAUUGAGCCUGGGAUUUAAGAAGCCGGAAAACUUUGAGGAGGCAGUCAAGGAGUAUAUCGAGUAUAUGGAGGAGCAGAAGAAGUUGAAAUAAAGGGAUGUGGUGAAGCAGGUCUUAUUUCAGGUAUAGCCGUAUCAAUGCAUUACUGGGUGGAUAUGGUAUGA